AUGGCCUCAGCAGCGCUUCCCAAAAGCUUACCAAGAUCUAAGACAAAAGUAUCGGCACCAACCACAGCCUCAACAGCCUCAGAUAAUGCGGCAUUACACUUACACAAGGAGCUCGAGCUCGAGCCCCAGGACACCGAGAAUCUAGACUUUGUUCAUCCAGAUCAUGUUGUCCCGCCGCGAAUGUACAGCGGAAUAGAAAACCUUAUCGUCGUCUGCUGCCACGCCAUCUUCCACCCAGAUGUUGAAUCCCCUUCCUUCCCACUCAACAGCCCCUACGACGAGAAGAACUGGCACCUUGCACCAUUCCAGAAAUCGAACGCGGAAACAGGAAAACCAGGCGAGCACGAGACGUUCAUUCAGCACGUGCAAGCCGGACUUGAUGCGCUGCUCGUUGGGGUGGAUGCAGAAACGCCAAUCAAGAGCCUUCUUGUGCUGAGCGGUGGUGCGACCAAGCCAUCUCUCACGCCUCUGAGCGAAGCACGCUCAUACUACCACGCAGCGCUAGCACGGGAGCUUGCCCAGGGAUAUCUGGGCGGGGGUCGUGCGCACCAGGCGUUCCGGAAGGGCUGGAUACUGCUCGAGGAACACGCUACAGAUUCCUUUCAAAAUUUGUUAUUCAGCAUUCUCCUCUUCAGAAGGACGACAGGAGUAUAUCCAAAGCGUAUUCGUGUCAUUACGCAUGCAUUCAAGGCGGAACGCUUUCUGGAACUACACGCACCUGCGAUCCGAUGGCCAAAGGAUCGGGUGCUGGUUCAAGGUAUCGAUCCGGUUAUGUCGAGUGCAGAGCUCGAGACUACGUUACGUGGUGAGCGAGAGUACGGAUGUGCGCCGUGGAAACAGGAUCCUUUAGGCACGGGAGGGCUUCUGAAUAGCAAGAGGAGGGAACGUGGAUGGGAUGGGGGUGUCAUGGAAGAGCUGACACAGGACUUGGAAAAGAGCGUUAUAGAGCUGGUCCGAGGCACAGUCCCCAAUACCUUGCCUUGGGAACAAUUGGCGGCGAAACUCCCAGAGGAUACAAAUUCUUCGUCCUGA